ACUAUCAACAACUUGAUGUUUGUUGCAUCCUCUGCUCCUCCCCCUCCUGAUCCUCUCUCCCUCCCUCUAAUGGAAGCCAGAAACAGAGCUUGCUUAUCUUUCCCUGUUCUGGUUUUCUUUGUGCUGAUCUUUGUCUCAAACGAAGCCAAUCUCUCUGCAGCAACUAAUAGCAUCUUAACCGGCCAGUCUUUCUCUGGGAAUCAGACCAUAGUAUCAGAAGAUGGCACCUUCGAGCUGGGAUUCUUCACUCCAGGUAACUCUCGAAAGUUUUACAUAGGCAUCUGGUACAAGAAACUACCUAAACAAACAGUCAUAUGGGUAGCAAACAGAGAAAAGUUCAUCUCCAACACCACUUCUUCUGAAUUUAAACUGACCCAAGAUAGAAAUUUAGUCCUCCUGAACCAAUCAAAAACACCAAUCUGGUCAUCCAAUUCAUCUUCUCCCACCUCCUCAAACCGCACAGAAGCAGUUCUUCUUAACAAUGGCAAUCUAGUGUUGAGAGACAUGUCAAACACCUCAGUAAUAUUCUGGCAGAGCUUUGACCACCCAACUGACACGUUUGUCCCUGAGAGCUGGAUUGGUAUGAACAAGGUGACAGGAGAAUAUCAGUCUUUAACAUCUUGGAAGAAUUCUGAAGACCCAGCUCCUGGCUAUUUCUCUGAUAGCAUUGAUUCUGGAGGCACAAGUGAGUUCUUCUUACGCUGGAACCAGUCUGAGAUAUACUGGCGCAGUGGGACAUGGAAUGGAGAGUACUUCACCGGAGCACCUGUACUUCCAGAGAUGCGAAGGACAACAAUUAUCAACGUGCUCUAUAUUGACAACGAACAGCGCCGGUACGCUACGUGCACGCUCAAGAACAAUGCAACAAUAACAAGACAAGUGCUAGAUGUCUCAGGACAAAUCAAGCAGUGGGUCUGGUUGGACAAAAAUCAAGACUGGCUCCUGUUCUGGUCUGAACCAGAUGCACAAUGUGAUGUCUACUCUCUGUGUGGACCUUUUGGAAUCUGUGACUCCAAAAGCAUUCCUUACUGUAGCUGUCUCCAGGGUUUUGAGCCAGCAUCCAUGGCUGACUGGGAACUGAAUGACUAUAGCUCCGGGUGUGUGAGGAGAAGCACGUUGAAGUGUGGGAAGAACAGUUCUGAUGGAUUCCUCACCAUAAGCAAUAUGAAACUGCCUUCCAACUCACACUCUUUGGAUGCCCAGAGCUCAGAUGACUGCAGCUCUGCUUGCUUGAAUGACUGCUCUUGUACUGCGUAUGCUUAUGGUAAUGGAUGCUUUAUAUGGAAAGGAGAGCUUCUCAAUCUUCAACAGCUUUAUGGGGAUGGUGAUUCUACCACACUUUAUCUCCGGGUUUCAGCUUCUGAUAUCCAGAAUACAAAAGGUAAGAGCAGAGCAUUACCUAUCAUUCUUAGUGUUGUUGGAGCGGUGAUACUGUCAUGCAUUCUCGUGGGAUUAGCUUGGAGGGUCCGGAGAAGUAGAAUGAUAAGAAAGGGAAAACUAGUGGAGGGUUCUUUGGUGGCAUACAGUUAUGCAGAACUGCAGCAUAUCACCAGGAAUUUCUCAGAGAAGCUGGGCAGGGGUGGUUUUGGCUCUGUUUUCAGAGGUUCAGUGCCAGGAUCCAGUGAUGUAGCUGUGAAGCGACUAGAAGAGCUCAGACAAGGUGACAAGCAAUUCAUAGCUGAAGUGAGUACACUCGGGGCUAUUCAGCAUGUCAAUCUGAUUCGCCUCUGUGGGUUUUGCUCUGAAGGCAGUAAGAGGUUGCUAGUGUAUGAGUACAUGCCAAAUGGUUCUUUAGCUUCUCAUCUCUUUGGAGGCAAUCAUAAGAUUAUUAAUUGGAAGACAAGGUACCAAAUCAUGCUUGGGAUUGCUAGAGGACUGUAUUAUCUUCAUGAGAAGUGCAGAGAAUGCAUCAUUCACUGUGACAUCAAACCAGAGAACAUACUCUUGGAUUCAGAGCUAUGUCCUAAAGUUUCAGACUUUGGGCUGGCUAAGCUCAUGGGACGUGACUUCAGUAGAGUGCUUACCACAUUGAAGGGAACCAUUGGGUACCUUGCACCAGAGUGGAUCAGAGGCCUGCCAAUAACAACGAAAGCUGAUGUUUAUAGUUUUGGAAUGAUGGCUUUGGAGUUGAUAUCUGGGAGAAGAAACUCAGAGCAAUUUAACGAUGGGAAUAUCAGUUUUUUCCCUCUAUUUGCUGCAACCAAAGUUGCAGAAGGUGAUGUUCUAAGUUUGAUUGAUAAGAAUUUGGAGGAUAAUGUUGAGACGGAGGAGCUAACUAGAAUGUGCAGACUGGCUUGUUGGUGCAUUCAGGAUUCAGAAACUUACAGGCCAUCCAUGGGUCAUAUUGUGCAAGUCCUGGAAGGAGGUUUGGAGGUGAACAUACCUCCUGUUCCACAAUCUCUGUUGGCUCUAAUGGAAGAUCGAGAGCAAUACUGGUAUGAAGAGAGUUCUUUAAGUUCAACGAAUUGAUUACAUGUUGCCAACUUGUGACCAGGUUGUGAAAUCCUAAACAUGUUCCGGAAUUCAUUUUGCUUACUCUUAUGGCACCAGGAUUCAGCUGCUAUAUAUACCGUCUCUGUAGAUGUGUUCAGUUUUUCUACUAAGUGUCUUGUGUUUGAAUAAGUUUUUAUCAUGAUCAUCAGGCUGUGAAAAUUCUGGAGAAGCACUUGCUUCAGCUACAUUACUGUACUUUACGUUGUCUUGGCUUAAUGGACAUAUAGACCUAGGGAGUCCCCCUUGUUUAA